AUGAAGCCACCGGGACUCGGGCUUCAAGCGCAUAGGAAGCCCGUCACGAAUCUCGUCCUACGGAGUUCAGUCCGCCAGCAGCAGACGGCCCUACACACAUCAGCAAAGUGCCUCACGGCGUCUCUGACACAAAACACGCCGGUAGUCCCGCCGCCUUCCGACUCCGUCUACACGCCGCCCAAGACCGGCCUUCUCUCUUACCUGCCGGCAUCGUGGGUUCCUUACGCCGAGCUCGUUCGAAUCGACAAGCCGAUGGGUACCUACUACCUCUUCUUCCCAUGCCUCUUCUCGACACUUUUGGCCGCGCCGAUGGCCAUGGCAGGUCCCGGUGCGGUCAUCGGAACCUCUCUUCUCUUCGCCUCUGGCGCUCUCAUUAUGCGCGGCGCAGGGUGUGCUAUCAACGACCUCUGGGACCGCAACCUCGAUCCCCACGUCACGAGAACCAAGUUCCGGCCCAUUGCGCGGGGUGCCAUUACCCCCUUCCAAGGUCUCGUGUUCACUGGUACCCAACUUCUGGCCGGGCUGGCAGUCCUGGUUCAGUUUCCUACCUCCUGCCUCUACUACGGCAUCCCGAGUCUUCUCCUCGUCGCCUCAUACCCUCUCGCCAAGCGCGUCACAUACUAUCCCCAAGCCGUCCUCGGCCUGACCUUUUCCUGGGGCGCUAUGAUGGGCUUUCCGGCGCUCGGCAUCGAUCUGCUCUCCAACAGCGCAGCACUGACUGCUGCUGCGUGUCUGUACUCGUCAAAUGUCGCUUGGACGGUGCUGUAUGACAUGAUCUAUGCCCAUCAGGACAUCAAAGACGAUGCCAAGGCCGGCAUCAAGAGCAUCGCUCUGAAGCACGAUGCCGAGACCAAGCAGGUCUUGACUGGCCUGGCCGCAGUUCAGAUUGGUCUUUUGGGCAUGGCUGGCUUCGCCGCUGGCGCUGGCCCUCUCUUCUACAUCGGAAGCUGUGGAGGUGCGGCGGUAACCCUUGGCAUCAUGAUCAAGAGGGUCAACCUCAAGAGUGUGGAGGAUUGUUGGUGGUGGUUCUGCAACGGCUGCUGGCUCACCGGUGGUGUCAUCAGCUUGGGUCUUGCUGCCGACUACGUUGCACGAUACCUGCAAGGCGAAAAGGUGGAGGAAGAGACUCAACAGGCGUAG